AUGAGUAAAAUAGAUAAAGAUCUCAAGUUUGAUAUUAAUGAUAUUUCAGAGCCAUCACAAAGCAAUGCUGGCGAUGAGUAUGUUCAGCAAUUAGAACUUCAAUUACAAGAUUAUAACAAAAUUCGAACAGAAAUCAACGAAUUAAAAGAUCAAAACCAGCACCUUACGGAACAGAAUUCCAUUCUACAAGGCAAGAUCGAAUGGAUAACUCAAGAUUACGAAACCAAAAUCAAAACAAUUCAAAGUGUUACUUCGAAUCAGUUAGAAUCUAAAAACAAUAUGAUUACAAAACUGAAUUCGGAAAUCAAAUCAAUCGAAGAUACUUUUACUGAAAAAUUAAAACAAUCAAAUCUCCAAAACAACGAAAUCAAGAGGUCUCUUGACCAAAAGGAGAAUUCGAUUACUAAGUUCCAAGAUAAAAUGCAAAACAACCAAUUUAAUUCAUUAGAUGAAAUUUCAAAUUUCAUCGAAACAAAAUUCAAUGAAAUGCAAAACGAGAUGAAUAAAAUGAGUAAACGCGAGCAAAGUGUACCAAUCAGCGACUUCAAAAAGCUAAGUAAUGAGUACCAACAGACAAAAUCAAAAUUAUCUUCAACAAUCUCCGAUUUAAACGCUCAAUUGGCAGCUGCAAACGACAAAAUAUCAGAGUUUGAUGCACAACUCGACGAAAUACAGAAGAAAUCAUUAGCAGAUGAGUUAAAUUACACAAAAGAAAUCACAUCUGUUAAAAAUGAGAGGGAUAAGCUCAAAUUGGAACUCGAUUCAUUAACAGAGAAGCUCAAAGCCAACCAAGCAGAUUUAGAUGCUGCAACAAUCGAACAAACCAAAAAAGAUUCAGAAAUUUCAAAACUUUCUGCCCAAAACACCGAAAAUGACAACAUAAUACAGAAAGCAAAGACCAAGAUCAGCAAGUUACAAGCUGCUUUGUCCGAUUUGAAGCAGGAAAAUGAUACAAAAGAACAACAAAUAUCAGAAAUGGCCGAAGACAUUGAAAUCAGACAAACGAUCAUUGACAGUCUUACUUCCGAAAAGGAGACACUCUCAAAUUACAUAGACGAAUUGAAUGAAAAAGUUCAACAAAAAGAAGAACAAAAUUCGAACUUAAACAACGCCAUUGCUGAGAAACAACAAAAGAAUGAAGCAUUGGAGAAAGAAUUACAAGCAUCUAAGAACUCCAUUUCGAAUUUGGCCAAAGAAAAAUCAAAUCUUACAAAUACAAUCAAUGAUUUGAAGUCUAAGCUUGACCAAAAGGCGAAAGAUGCACAAGGAUUGAGCAGCCAAAUCAAAUCUCUUCAAAAUGAUUUAGUUCAAUUGAAGAAUGAAAAUCAAAAUCAAAUUGCAAAGAUAAAACUCGAGCAUGCAGCAAUUUCAGAUGAUAUGAACAAGAAGAUGCAUGUUCCUUUAUCUGCAUUUGAGAUUAUUGGCGCUCCAAGAGAUUUAAUUGCAAAACUUCAUGAAAUUGGCUCGAAUCAGACAAUGCAGAUACCAGCCAAGGUCACUGCAUCAUUGACUUCUUUAUAUGACUACAUGAAACGCCAAAAGAACGAUCAAAGUGAAUCUCAGAUUUCAUUACUCAACGAAAAAGUUGGUGGAUACAGUAAUUUGAUCAAUCUCCUUUCGCAGAUUAAGCCUGAUGAUAAGAAUAUCAGUCAAGAAGACCUCGCUUCCGAUGAAACUGCGCAAAAACAAUUUGUUCAAUCCAUUAAAACAGCUUUGGACGAAUUUCCAAAACUUCAUGCGGAAAAACAGAAGAUAGAACAAGCAAUGAGCGACAUAAUGAAAGCUGCAAAUGCAAAGAAGCCUGCUGAUAUAGUUACAGCUCUCAAUGAUGCGAAUAAGUCCGUCCAAGACCUUUCUAAUUUCAUUGAAAAACUCCAUGAAAAGAACAAGAAAUUGAAAAGUGACAUCGGUGAACUUCACUCCGCUAAUUCAGAGCUAAACGAUCAAAUUUCAAAGAAAUCCGAACAAAUCGAUGAAUUGAAGAACAACGUCAAUGAUAUGGUUGACGAAAUACAUAAGAAGAACAUAGAGAUCGAGAAGUUAAACGGAGAGAUCGAAAACCAGAAAAAUAAUUUCGAAAUCAAAUUUAAGAACUCAAUAGAGAAGGUUAACAACGACAACCUCGAAAAAGCCAAGAAGCUGUUACAGGAGAUAGAGAAUCUCAAGGCAGAAGGCCAAGAAAGAGAGAAUUUGUUGAAACAAGUUUCAGAUAAGCUCGAGAAGUACAAAUUGGACCGAAAGAGACUGAAGACCAUGAUAAGAGACAGAGACAACCAAUUGGCCGACGUUCAGAACAAAGUUGAACAAGAAUUUGAUGCGAAAUCUCAAGCAGAACGCGAAGGAGCCAUGGCACAGCUUAAUGAUCUCAAGAAGGUAUACGAAGGUGUUCUACAAGAAUUGAAGAAGAAGAAUACAGAUCUCUUGGCCGAAAACGAGAAUCUCCAAAAUUCAAUUAAAAAAGUUUCACAAAAACUCGAAGAAAACCAGUCAACGAGUCAAAGUCUUGAAGACAAACUUGUCUAUGCAGGCAAUGCAUUCGAGCAAUUGAAGAAGAAGUACAUUGAACUGAAGAAAAACUCAGAAAUGAGAGAAAAAACACAAAAAAUGUUGAUUACAAACGAAACGAACAACAAACUGCAGAAUAUGAAGGCCCGAUAUGAAAUUGAGUCUAGGAAGAUCUACAGUGACAUCGUGAUGCAGCUGAUGAUGUUUUAUGACACAAACGAACUCCCAAGUUACGAUGUAGUGAUGAAAGUCGUUUCCAAAGCAAAGGAAGCAAUAAAUAGACUCACGGCUGAGUCAAAGGCAAUCAGAGGAAUGCUUGGAAUAACUGAAAAUGAAAGCCUUGAAAAUGCUAUUCACAACAUUUUGUCAAAAUACAAUUUUUAA